AUGUCUGAAGAACAUGUGGAAUGUAAAGCCCACGCCUUGGGGGUUUCCCAGCCCUUUCCCAAGACCCGAUGCGGCCCUAUCCACAGCCUGUGGUCCUCCCUCUGCGCGCGCAGCAGACACCGGCCCCACCUGACCAGUCUGAGCCAGCAGAACAAAGCCCCCAAAUGCGGGUCUCCGAGCCGCAGAGACUCUGGCUCCCCUGUGCCCACACCCCAGGCCCAGGGAAGCGCUCCGGCCGUGCAUGAAAAUGGCUGGGUUUGGGUAAAGUAG